AUGGCAUCGCUAAGAUUGAUUUGUCGUGUUCGAGGGCGAGACUACUGUACCACGAGUAUCGGUGGCCACGCAGAGGUCGGCAACAGGCCCCAUCCUGGACAUACAUCCUACUGUACCUUACCCCUUUCCACGGCCACGGCCACUGCCACUGCCACUGGCACUGGCCCUUACGGACACGGGUUUCCUACAGGCCCCGUCGGUCUGGCAUUUCCCGAGUCUGCUGCGACGUAG